ACUGACUUUCUCCUCCAUUUUCCGACCAACGUGUUUUUUUCUGUCUUUUCUCUCUCUCUCUGAAACAUCGCAGAAACAUUCAUUCUUGGUGGAGCUUAUUUCCUUGAAAAAACCCUAUUCUUUGCAAAAAGAAGACCCACUUCGAUCGUUACCAUAUUUCUCUCUGAAGAAGAAGAAGAUUGACAGUUCUCUGAAAUCGAUCAACUCUACUUAAGAAAUGAGCGAUUUAAAGAUCGGAGUUGAGGUUAUAGGUGCUCGAAACCUCAUGGCAAAAGAUGGUCAAGGUUCUUCAAACGCCUUUGUUGAGCUCCAUUUAGAGAACCAAAGAUUCAACACAACUGUUAAAGAGAAAGACCUUAACCCUGUUUGGAAUGAAACUUUCUAUUUCAGUGUAAACGACCCUGAAAACAUUCGUGCUCUUGUCCUCGAUGUGUAUCUCUACAACAACAACAAAGAUUCUUUCCUCGGUAAAGUCAAAAUCAACGGGACUUCAAUUGUUCCUUAUCCCGAUUCUGUCGUUCAAUAUUACCCACUCGAGAAACGGGGCGUUUUCUCGCAUGUUACAGGCGAAAUUGGUUUGAAAGUGUUUCAAAUAAACGACCCUUCAAUCAAAUCUUCCAUUCCACUUCCUGCCAUUGAAUCUCCUCCUCUUCCGGUUGCCACUUCUGCCUCAUCCAUCCGAUCAACCGCAACUUCGGUUCAAGAUACCACUAGACAUGUUUUUUCCUAUCUCUCAGCAGCUUUCACUAGCAACAAAAAGGAGCCAAAAGAAUCAAAACACACGUUUCAUCACCUUCCUAAUAAAACCGAAUCUCAACAACCUCAAACGCAAUCUCAACAGAAACCUCAAUCUCAACCUCAACUGCAAUCUUAUCCACAAGCAAACAUGUUCUCGGGUCCAUCAUCUUACCAAUUUGCUGACUUUAGUCUUAAGGAAACUAACCCGAUUCUUGGAGCUGGAAGGAUUGUCGGGGGUCGUGUGAUUCGUUCGGAUAAACCGAUCACGGGCACUUACGAUCUAGUUGAGCCUAUGCAUUUCCUUUAUGCACGUGUGGUUAAGGCACACAAUUUACCAAACAAGGACUUAACUGGCGGGCUUGAUCCUUUCGUGGAAGUUAGAGUCGGUAACUACAAAGGAAUCACUCGGCACUACGAGAAGACAUCUGAUCCGGAGUGGAACGAAGUGUUUGCGUUCUCGAAGGAGAAUUUGCAAUCUUCGGUUUUGGAAGUUAGGGUUAAAGACAAAGACACAGUUAAGGAUGACUGUGUCGGGUUUUUGAGGUUUGAUCUUAACGAGGUUCCAACUCGAGUUCCACCAGAUAGUCCGUUGGCUCCGGAAUGGUAUCGCCUUCAAAACAAGAAAGGGGAGAAGAAGAAACAGGGUGAACUCAUGAUGGCUGUAUGGAUGGGAACGCAAGCUGACGAGGCUUUUCCAAACGCGAUCCAUUCGGAUGCGGUUGGUAAUUCGUUUGAGAAUUCUUCUGCGGCAGCACAAUGUCGAUCGAAAGUCUACGUUUCUCCUAGAUUAUGGUACGUUAGGGUGAAUGUGAUUGAGGCGCAGGACUUGGUUCCUCACGAGAAGUCGCGUUUACCCAACGUUUAUGUGAAGGCGCAAAUUGGUAACCAGGUUUUAAAGACGAGAAAUGUCCAAACUAGUACAAUGAGUGCAAUUUGGAAUGAAGAUCUUAUGUUUGUUGCUGCCGAACCUUUUGAUGAUCAUUUGAUUCUUCAUGUUGAAGAUCUUGUUGGUUCAAACAAGGAUGAAACUCUCGGAAAGGUUAUCCUUCCUUUAAGCACGGUUGAUAGGCUUCUCGAUGAUAGAAUGGUUCCAACUCGUUGGUAUAAUCUAUCUUAUGAGUCGGAGCAUGUUAAGGAUAAGUUCGCGAGUCGGCUUCACCUGCGUGUUAGCCUCGAGGGGGGAUAUCACGUUUUGGACGAGUCGACUCAUUAUAGCAGUGAUCUCCGACCAACGGCUAAACAACUUUGGAAACCCUCCGUGGGAAUCUUGGAGCUUGGUAUUUUGAACAUUAAUGGACUCCUCCCGAUGAAGCAACGAGGCGAUCGGGGCACGUCGGACACCUAUUGCGUCGCGAAGUACGGUCACAAGUGGGUAAGGACGCGAUCAAUUAUCGACAAUUUGAAUCCGAAGUAUAACGAACAAUACACGUGGGAGGUUUUCGAUACUGCGACCGUUCUCACGGUUGCGGUCUUCGACAAUAGCUCGAUAGGUGUAUCUGAAACCGAAAACGGGCAUGAGAAGGACAAGAAAAUCGGGAAGGUAAGGAUCAGAGUUUCGACACUCGAAACUGGUAGGGUUUACACGCAUUCUUACCCAUUACUCGUCCUUCACCCUUCGGGAGUCAAGAAGAUGGGGGAAUUGCAUUUGGCGAUUCGAUUCACUUCCCCGUCGGUAGUCAACAUGAUGUCGAUAUACACGAAACCGUUACUUCCAAAAAUGCAUUACGUUCGCCCGCUGAGUGUUACUCAGCUCGACACGCUUCGUGUCCAAGCAGUCAAAAUAGUAGCAGCCAGGCUCGGCAGGGCAGAACCUCCUCUCAAGAAGGAGGUUAUCGAAUACAUGACAGAUGCAAAUUCCCAUCUAUGGAGCAUGAGGAGGUCCAAGGCAAAUUUCUAUCGUCUAAUAUCGGUUUUCAACGGAUUGUUCGCAGUUGCGAAAUGGUUCGGGGAAAUUUGCCUGUGGAAGAACCCGAUCACGACCAGUCUAGUUCACGUUCUCUACAUUAUGCUUGUGUGUUUCCCCGAGCUGAUUUUCCCAACCGCAUUUCUCUACAUGUUUAUGAUCGGGAUAUGGAAUUAUCGUUACCGACCAAAAUACCCUCCACACAUGGACACGAGGAUAUCGUGCGCGGACAUGGUGGUUCCAGACGAGUUGGACGAGGAAUUCGACACGUUUCCUACCUCGAGAAAUGCAGAGUUUGUUCGAUUUAGGUACGAUCGGUUGAGGAGCAUUGCUGGAAGGAUUCAAACCGUGGUCGGAGAUAUAGCCUCCCAGGGAGAGAGGGUGCAGGCAUUGCUGAGUUGGCGAGACCCAAGAGCGACUGUUAUGUUCAUCGCGUUUUGUUUGGUUUCGGCUAUUGUGUUCUACACUACUCCUUUUCAAUUGUUGGCUGCUUUUGCGGGAUUUUAUGUCAUGAGGCAUCCGAGGUUUCGGCAUAAGCUUCCGUCGGCUCCAAUCAAUUUCUUUCGUCGAUUGCCAGCUAGGACCGAUAGCAUGCUCUGAUGAGGCAAAUUGCGAGAAUGUUAUUGUUUGUAAUAACCACUUUUAUUGUCGAAAAAAUGGUGUUAUUAUAAUAAUGGAUUGAUGUGAAAAUGCU